UCCCUCUAGCUCUCUCUCUUGCUUUCUCUCUCUCUCUCUUUCAAUCUCUUGCUCACUCACUCAUUCUCUCUUCUGCUUCCUUUCUCAUACCCAUUCUCUCUCCCUCCAAACACACUCUCUCCAUUUCUCUCUCUUUCUUUCUCUCUCCAUCCUGUCUGUUUUCCUCUGCUGUGCCUCGCCCCUCUCGCGCUCUGUCUCUGCGCCUCUCUCUCUGCUGGUUCUUCAUCAGUGUCCCUGACUCUUCAUCUCCUGUGGAAAGAUGUCAACUGUUCUGGAUGUGGAGCAGAAUGCAUGCACUGGGGAUGCAGUGGAAUAUGACCUUGAGACUCCGCAAGGUGUCCUACACGUGACCAUGAGGGGCAUUCCCAAAGGAAACCGCCCUGUGAUCCUGACCUACCAUGACAUCGGCCUGAACCAUAAAUCGUGCUUCAACACACUGUUUAACUUUGAGGACAUGAAGGAGAUCACACAGCACUUUGCCGUGGUGCACAUCGAUGCCCCCGGCCAGCAGGAGGGAGCACCCCCCUUCCCCACUGGGUACCAGUAUCCCAGUAUGGAUGAGCUGGCAGAGAUGCUGCCCUCAGUCAUGACUCAGCUGAAGGUGAACAGUGUGAUCGGAAUUGGCGUAGGUGCAGGAGCAUACAUCCUCUCCCGAUUUGCACUCAACCACCCGUCGCUGGUGGAGGGUCUGGUUCUGAUCAAUGUGAACCCGUGCGCUGAGGGCUGGAUCGACUGGGCUGCUUCUAAGCUCUCUGGAUGGACCAGCACCCUGGUGGACAUUGUGAUGGCUCAUCACUUCAGCACUGAGGAGCUAACAGACAACCAGGAACUGAUCCAGACGUACCGCCUCCACAUCGCCCAGGACAUCAACCAGGAGAACCUUACCCUCUUCUGUGACUCUUACAAUGCGCGCCGGGACCUGGGAAUUGAGAGGCCUGUUGUUGGUCUGAAUGAAGAUAUCAUCAACACGCUGGUCUGCCCGGCUCUGCUGGUGGUGGGAGACACAUCUCCUGCUGUGGAAGCUGUGGUGGAAUGCAACUCCAGGCUAAAUCCGACAAAAACGACACUCCUGAAGAUGGCCGACUGUGGCGGCUUGCCUCAGGUUGUGCAGCCCGGUAAACUGGCCGAGGCCUUCAAGUAUUUUGUUCAGGGGAUGGGAUACAUCCCGUAUGUUCUGCUCAGCCACCUGAGCAGUGAAUCAGUACCAGCUGCCGGCAUGACCCGCCUCGCCCGCUCCCGCACCACCUCCUCCUCCAGCAUCGCCUCCAUGGACAGCACCCGCCUGCGCAACCUCAACAGCCCAAUGGACGGCCUCAACACCGCAGCCCUGGACAACCAGGCCCAGCCACAGACCAUGGAGGUGUCCUGCUAGACCCGCCCCCUCCUCUCUCAGGGGGUACAGUCUGCUGUUCCUACAUGCUAACUCCUCCCCCUAACCGAUCGAUCACCUGAUCAGGUUUGCUAAAGCAAGCAGAGGCGGUAAAGAUUAGUGGUGCACACAAACACACACAAACACAGAGAGAGAGAGAGUAUAUGAUUAUAUAUAUAUAAGACUAUAUAUAAAUAUAUAUAUAUAUAUAUAUAUAUAUAUAUAUAUAUAUAUAUAUAUAUAUAUAAACCCAUCACAUCUUCAAUCACAAAACAAUAAGAAAUAUCUGCAGUAUGAGCGUAUCUGAAUUCUGGGCACAGUCACUGGGUGGUAUGUGGUUUAUGACAUUGGGCCAGUUGGACGAGCUGAAUGAUGACUUUCACUUUAAACUCAUCAGUUCUGAUUUUUUAGGUAUUAACAUCUUUAAACUCGGAACAGCGGAGUUAGAAUUAAGUAAAAAAAAUAAAACACAACAACAGGCUCAUUGUUCUGAAUAACCCCCGCAGUCCAGACAUCCAGCCGCUGCACACAUGUAGCAUAAAUGAAUGUUUUUGUAAUAAUAAUAAUAAUAAUAAUCUUUUAUCAGUUCUCUGUAAUGUUCCUGUGUUAGUCACCAGUUCUCGAGUAACCUGCAGAACUCUUGCUAUGAAUGAAGUUCAGUAGAAUUAUGCUGCUGCUGAUGAAUCAACUGGGCUCUUCUGAAAUACACAUUCCAGAUGUUCUAAAAAGGUGUUUAACAUGUUUUAUCACUAUAGUCUCCUAGAGAAAGCCCAGUUUCUAGCCCAGCUAAUAGACUGACUCUGUACGGGAGAAUAUGCAGGUAGUAUAAUUUAAGAGUUUGGGAGCAAUAAUUGUUUCUCAUGCCGUCGUAUAGGAAUUGUUUCACCUGAAAGUUAUAAAACUGUAACAGAUUUUAAAUGUUAAUAUCUUUAUUACUCAUCUCGUUUUACCCUUAAAUGUUUGUUUGUUUUUUUAAACAGUUCUCACAACAGUACUUGAAUAAUGUAUACAAAACUGCACUUCUCAUCCCUUCAUAACCGUGGAACCAUCUCUGAUAUAACGAUGUCAACCGAUAAUAUUCAUUAAAAACAAAAUACCUUCUAGUGAAUAAAGCUGGAAUAUCUCUCAUGA